CAUGAUGAUAAUGAAAAUAUCAGCGGCUAAACAAGAAUUUGAGGUGAGACUUUAUUUUGUUUUCAUAAAACCUGGGCGUUAUAGAAACUUCAAUCCCUGUAGGAAAAGCAAAGCCACACUUCACCUCUCCCUCUCCCUCUCCCUCUUAAUUAUUUUACAGGCGUCCCUCUCUCUCUCAUGACCAUGGAGCAGUCCUUUAAGCUCUUCCUCUUACUUCUCAUUCACAUUCUCCCACUCAGGUCUCUCUGCUCCCCUGUGCCCCCAAACUUCCCACCCAACGCCCUCCCCACUAAGUCAGGCUACCUCCCCAUCAAUCCCACCACCGGUUCCGCCAUGUUUUACGCCUUUUACGAAGCGACUCGACCCACAACACCUCUGCCCACCACCCCCUUACUCGUCUGGCUACAGGGAGGCCCCGGCUGCUCCUCCAUGAUCGGCAACCUCUUUGAACUCGGCCCCUGGCGUUUCUCGGAUGGCUCUUUCGAGCUGAAUCCCGGUGCUUGGAACCAUCUCUUCGGCCUCCUCUUCCUUGACAGCCCAAUUGGCACUGGGUUCAGCGUCGCCCCACAAGAAGAAGAGAUCCCCAACAACCAGACCAAGGUCGCCCGCCACCUCCACAUCGCCCUCACCUCUUUCCUCCUCUCGAACCCUCCGUUUAUUUCCCGCCCUCUUUAUAUCACUGGUGAGAGUUAUGCCGGAAAGUAUGUCCCUGCAGCUGCGUUUUACAUACUCCAGGAGAACAAGGCAGGACAGAAAACCAAACUGAACUUGCGAGGCGUCGCAAUUGGGGAUGGGCUCACGCACCCCGAGGUUCAGGUGCAGGUGCAUGCAGACACGGCCUACUUCAUGGGCCUCAUGAACCGGAGACAGAAGGCCCAUUUGGAGGAGCUCCAAAGAGCGGCAGUGCGCUUGGUCCGCGAGCAACGGUGGGCGGAUGCGACCACAAUGCGUAACGAGGUGCUCGACUGGCUGCAAAAUGCAACAGGACUGGCGACCCUGUACGAUCUGCGGAGGCAAAGGACUUAUGAGACAGAGCCAGUGGGGGAGUUCCUCAGGCAGGAGAAGGUUGCAAAGGCAUUGGGGGUGAAGGAAGGGGUUGUGUGGGAGGAGUGCAGUGGGCUGGUCGGGGGCCGCCUGCACGAGGAUGUGAUGAAGAGUGUGAGGUGGAUGUUGGAAGCGGUGGUGAGGGAAAUUAGGGUUUUUCUGUACACAGGGGAGUUUGAUUUGAGGGAUGGGGUGUCGGGGACGGUGGCAUGGUUGGAGGGGAUGGAGUGGGAGGGGUUGCAGGGGUGGAUGGCCGCCGAGAGAGAUGUGUGGGUGGUGGGGAAGGAGGUGGCUGGGUACAUACAGACGUGGUCCAACCUCACCCAGGUGGUUGUGAGGGGGGCAGGGCAUCUCGUGCCUGCUGACCAGGCGGUCAAUUCGCAGGCCAUGAUCCAGGACUGGGUAUUGCAAACGGAAUCGUUCGGAGGCAGUGGCCGGAAACAGAGGACCAAGUUUAAAGGAUCUCGCGGCCGGAAACAGAGGACCAAGUUUAAAGGAUCUCAUUGACACCGCCACCCCCACCCCCACCCCCAACCCCGCUACCACCACUCUCAGUACCAGAAAAAGAACAAAUUACUUGGGACAUCAUUGGGAGCACUGGACUGCGGAAACAAGAUUGGCGCUGGUGUUGAACUUAGAAUAACUGCUCACUUCACGCUUUGUAUGAUUAUUCAUUCUAAAUACUGAGCCCCCUUCCAAAAAAAGCAUUAAAUUAUGAAGCACUUUUAGCAGAAUGGCCAAUUGCUUGCUGAUCCAAACUUCUUUUCUUCUUCCUCCUUUUUUUCCCUUCACUGUUAAUGGCAGAGCCAAACCUUCUCUCCAUGUGUUGAGAACUGCUGGUGCAACCAUCUAUUUGAUGGCUUUGAGCUAUUUCAGGGGGGAAAUGUGACAUGAAUACUUUGCUUCUCAUUUGUGUGCAGAGCUGUGGCAUUCA